UGCCAUUUCAUUUUAAUUGUUGUAGCCUUACUGCUCCAUUAUGGAAGGAGGAGAUGACGGCAACCUUGUUAUCAAAAAGAGGUUUGUUACGGAGGCCGAACUAGACGAACGGCGCAAACGGAGACAAGAAGAAUGGGAGAAAGUUCGGAAACCUGAAGAUCCGCAAGAAUGUCCAGAGGAGGUUUAUGAUUCUCGAUCUCUCUAUGAAAGACUACAGGAGCAGAAAGACAGGAAACAGCAAGAAUAUGAGGAGCAGUUCAAAUUCAAAAACAUGGUAAGAGGCUUGGAUGAAGAUGAGACCAACUUCCUUGAUGAGGUUUCUCGGCAGCAGGAGCUAAUAGAGAAACAGCGAAGAGAGGAAGAACUGAAAGAACUGAAAGAAUACAGAAGUAAUCUCAGCAAAGUUGGAAUUGCUUCAGACAGCAAGAAGGAAGUGGAGAAGAAAUUGGCUGUGAAACCCGUAGAAACCAAGAAUAAAUUCUCCCAGGCCAAGCUGUUGGCAGGCGCCGUGAAGCAUAAGAGCUCAGAGAGUAGCAACAGUGUGAAAAGACUGAAAUCAGAUUCUGACCCAGAUGACAAGAACCAAGAAGCCCCGUCCUGCGUGUCUGUGGGCAGCACAUCAUUGAGCAGCCCGUCCAUCCACUGCCCAUCAGCUGCUGUGUGUAUCGGCAUCCUCCCGGGCCUAGGUGCCUACUCAGGGAGCAGUGACUCCGAGUCCAGCUCGGACAGCGAAGGUACCGUCAACGCCACCGGCAAGAUCGUCUCCUCCAUCUUCCGAACCAAUGCCUUCCUGGAGGCCCCCUAGUCUGUGUGCGUUCGUUCCCCUGGAGUGCCUCCCCAAUAGGACAUCAGACUGGUCAGCUGCCCACAGGCAUUGCCUCCCUCCUUUUGCCUGCUUCCUGUGCACACCAUGACAUUUUUAAUCUCAUCUUAAAACGUGCCAGAUUCCACUCCA